AUGUCGAGUAAUUGGCAGCCGCAAGUCCCGGUGGAGGAGAUUAAAGCUGGUCCGAUUGAAGGGGGACCGGAUGGAGUGAAGGGCAGCGAAAAUGAGAGCCAUGGGGGGCCGAGGAAGAAGGUGGUUGUGGUGGGAUUGGGGAUGGUUGGGAUUAGUUUUAUAGAGAAAUUGAUGAAGCUGGACGCCAAACGAAGAGAAUACGACAUCAUAGUCAUUGGCGAAGAAGCACAUCUAGCAUAUAAUCGAGUCGGACUCACAAGUUUCUUCCAGCACCGAAAAGUAGAGAAUCUCUACCUCAAUCCCAAAGAAUGGUAUUCCAACGUCCCAGAAGGGUCCUUAAACUACCAUCUGAACACCAAAGUCACCGAAAUCCACCCAGAACACAAACUCGUCUCCUGCUCGUCCGGCGAAACAGUACCCUACGACGUCCUCGUCCUAGCCACGGGCUCCGAUGCCCUACUCCCCCGCCACACGCCCGGCCACGACGCCAAAGGCGUCUUCGUGUACCGCACCAUCGAGGAUCUGCAGAACUUGAUCACGUUUGCGGCAGAGCAUAAAGGCACACAUGGCGCUGUUGUGGGAGGAGGAUUACUUGGUCUCGAAGCUGCCAAGGCGAUGAUUGAUUUGGAGGCUUUCGAGAAAGUACAUCUUAUUGAGAGGAAUCGAUGGGUUUUGAGUAGACAAUUGGAUGGGGAUGCGGGUGGAUUGGUCGUACAGCAAGUUAGGGAUUUGGGGCUCGAUGUCCUGCUCAGUAAAAGGGUGGGGAAGAUUGAGGUUACGGAAGAUAAUGCUGUCAAGGGCGUGGUGUUUGAGGAUGGGGAGAAGAUGGCUUGUAGCACGAUUUGCUUCGCUAUUGGGAUCAAAGCCAGAGAUGAACUUGCGAGGAGGGCGGGAAUCAAGUGUGCGGAUCGAGGAGGUGGGAUUGUCGUUGGUGAGGAUCUGAGCACGAGUACCAAGGACAUCUACGCCAUUGGGGAGUGCGCAAGCUGGGAGAAUCAGACGUUCGGUCUCAUUGCCCCAGGAAUCGAGAUGGCAGACGUUUUGUCAUUCAACCUCACGCAAGCGAAAGUCCACUCGUAUAGAAAGUUUAAACGCCCAGAUCUCAGCACGAAGCUCAAGCUCCUGGGAGUCGAAGUAGCCAGCUUUGGAGAUUUCUUCGCGGAUCGAGAUGGGCCGAAACACCUCCCGGUUCGAGCAGCUCGCAAGAAGGAGGGUUCCCCAGAUGCUCUAUCAAAGCUCACAGAUGGCCCUCCACCAAGUCCUGUCAAGGCUUUGACUUACAAGGAUCCUUUCGCCAACGUCUACAAGAAAUACCUCUUUACCCUGGACGGUAAAUACCUCCUCGGAGGCAUGAUGAUCGGCGACACCAAAGACUACGUGAAACUAGUCCCUAUGGUCAAGAAUCAAAAAGCCCUCGAAGUUCCACCCUCGGAAUUUAUCCUCGGAGCCAGCAAAGACGGAGAAGAUGACGGCAACGACCUCGACGACGACACGCAGAUUUGUUCUUGCCACAACGUUACGAAGGGUGAUGUUGUCACUACGGUAAAAGACGGGACCUGCAAAUCGAUCGGAGACGUCAAGUCCUGCACCAAAGCAGGAACCGGUUGCGGUGGAUGCAUGCCUCUCGUGACUAGCAUUUUCAACGCUCAGAUGAAGGCCAUGGGCCAAGAAGUCAAGAAUCACAUCUGCCCGCACUUCAACUACAGCAGAGCGGAUCUGUAUAACAUCAUCUCGGUCAAGAAACUCAAGACGCUGGAGGAAGUGAUGCGGGAAGCAGGUAACGACAAAGAGAGUCAAGGAUGCGAGGCUUGCAAGCCCAGUAUCGGCAGUAUCUUCUCCUCGCUAUGGAACCAACACAUCAUGGAGAAACCGGUCCACGGCCUCCAAGAAACCAACGAUCGGUUCCUGGGCAAUAUUCAACGAAACGGCACCUUUUCCGUCAUCCCCCGCGUCUCGGCGGGCGAGAUCACGCCUGAUAAAUUGAUUGUACUGGGUAACGUGGCGAAGAAAUACGAUCUUUACACGAAGAUCACGGGUGGGCAGCGGAUCGACAUGUUUGGGGCGAAGAAACAGGAUCUAUUGAAGAUCUGGGAGGAGCUGAUUGAGGGCGGGUUCGAGUCCGGGCAUGCGUAUGCGAAGAGUUUGCGGACGGUGAAGAGUUGUGUGGGGACGACGUGGUGUCGGUAUGGGAUUGGGGAUAGUGUGGGGAUGGCGGUCAGGUUGGAGGAGAGGUAUAAGAGUAUUCGGAGUCCGCAUAAGAUGAAGGGUGGUGUGAGUGGGUGUGUGAGAGAGUGUGCUGAGGCGCAGAAUAAGGACUUCGGCCUCAUCGCCACAGACAAAGGCUUCAACAUCUUCGUCGGUGGCAACGGCGGCGCCUCCCCCAAGCACUCCGAACUCCUGGCCAAAGACGUCCCGCCAGACGACGUAGUCCCCAUCCUCGACCGCUACCUCAUGUUCUACAUCCGCACAGCCGACAAACUGCAACGCACCGCGCGCUGGCUCGAGAACCUCCCCGGCGGCAUCAAGUACCUGCGGGAAGUAAUCCUCGAAGACAAGCUCGGCAUCUGCGCCUCGCUCGAAGCGCAAAUGGAGGAGCUCGUCGGCACCUUCUUCGACGAGUGGGCGCUCGCUGUCAAGAACCCCGAGAUCAGGAAGAAAUUCCAGCAAUUCGACAACACGCCCGAGACGGUGGAGACCAUGGAGACGGAGACCGAUCGGGGACAGACGAGACCGGUGUACUGGGCGAAAGAGAGCGUGAAAGAGGAUUUCAAGAACACGAAAUGGACGAGCUUGACCUGGCAGCCCAUCAUCGAAGCGUCGCACUUUGCGGGCGCGGAUGCGGCGCCGAAUGGCAUCUCGGCUACCAUCAAGAGGGGGGAUACGCAGUUGGCUAUCUUCCGCGUCAGAGGGAAGUGGUUGGCGUCUCAGCAGAUGUGUCCGCAUAAACGCGCGUUUGUUCUCUCCGACGGACUGAUUGGCGACUCGGACGACAAGCUAUGGGUUUCUUGCCCGUACCAUAAGCGGAAUUACGAACUGAAUGGCGAGCAAGCGGGGAGGUGCCAGAAUGACGAGGAAGUCUCGAUAGCGACGUUCCCGUGCGAGGAGAGGGAGGAUGGCAUGGUGUAUCUGAAGUUGCCGCCGGUGCACGAGUUGGAUGGGGUGUUGGGGACGAAGAAGUGGGUUGUGAGGAAGGGGGAGAGUGGCGAGGGGCCGUUUGAGAAGCUGGAUCGGAGGAUUGGGCGGAAUGGGGUGGGGAUGAAGGGGCGGAAACCGUUUGAGGCGAAGAGGGAGAUGGUUGGUGCUGUGGGUGGAGGGGAGGGGAAUAUCGAUUGGUAG